AUGUCAGUCGACACAGAAAUCAAGAUUAGCAAGGAGGAGCGCCGUGCCGCCAAGGAGGCCAAGCGCGCACGCAAGGCUGCCAAGGCCGCCGCUGUCGCCGAGGCUGGCGAGGGUGCUCCCAAAAAGGACAAGAAGCGGUCGCGUGAGGACGACGGCGAGAGCAGCAAGUCGAAGAAGGACAAGAAGGCCAAGAAGGUCACGUCGGGCGAGUCGACCCCGGCUCUCGCCACUGGCGCCUCAUCGCCCGUCGAGACCGCCCUCGCGACGCCCGCCGAGGCCGAGACCGGGACCACGCCGCUAUCGAAGAAGCAGCUUAAGAAGCUCAAGGCUGCCGCUGCGGCCGCUGAGGCUGUGGAGGCCACCGACGUCCCCGUCCCUGCCGACUUUACAGCCGCCGACAAGGCAUACCUCGCCGAGCAGAACAUUACUCUCGAACCGGCACUCUUCCCACCACACCUGAACAUGGCCACGCUGCCAGUGACGGCGCCCAUCGCGGCGUUCCUCAAGGCGUUCCCGAAGCCGACACCGAUCCAGGCCGUCUCGUGGCCUGCUCUCCUCGCGAAGCGCGACGUCGUCGGCAUUGCGGAGACAGGCUCCGGUAAGACCCUUGCGUUCGGCGUGCCGGGUAUUCAGCACAUCUCGUCGCUCCCCAAGCCGAGCAAGAACGGCAAGGGCAAGCUCGCGAUGCUCGUGCUUGCGCCCACUCGUGAACUCGCCCAGCAGAGCUUUGACACCCUCGUCAAGCUUGGCAAGGAGGCUGGCAUCAAGGCCGUCGCCCUCUUCGGCGGCGUCGGCAAGCACGACCAGAUCCGCGACAUUCGUGCCGAGGGCACACGCAUUGUUGUCGGCACGCCCGGCCGUACGCUCGACCUGGCCGACUCGGGCGACCUUGACCUCUCGUCCAUCUCGUACCUCGUCCUCGACGAGGCAGACCGCAUGCUCGACCAGGGUUUCGAGCAGGACAUUCGCCGUAUCAUCGCCCACACUCCCAACCACCCCAAGCGCCAGACCGUCAUGUUCUCCGCGACGUGGCCCGAGUCGGUGCGCCGCCUCGCGAGCACUUUCCUCACCAACUCGGUCAAGGUAACGGUUGGCUCUGACGAGCUCUCCGCCAACAAGCGCAUCACCCAGGUCGUCGAGGUCUUUGACAACCCGCGCGACAAGGACCAGCGUCUCCUCUACCACCUCCGCCAGCAUCAGAAGAGCCACCCCGGUGCUCGCGUGCUGGUGUUCGGGCUGUACAAGAAGGAGGCUCAGCGUCUCGAGUACACGAUCCGCCGCGCCAACUUCAAGGUCGGUGCGCUGCACGGCGACAUGUCGCAGGACGCGCGCUUCAAGGCGCUCGAGGCAUUCAAGGACGCUUCGGUCAACGUUCUCGUCGCCACCGACGUCGCUGCCCGUGGUCUCGACAUCCCCGACGUUGCUCUGGUCAUCAACGUCACUUUCCCCCUCACAACCGAGGACUUUGUCCACCGCUGCGGACGAACGGGACGUGCCGGCAAGACUGGGCGUGCUGUGACGUUCUUCACCGGUGAGAACCACGAAAAGUCGCUCGCGGGCGAGUUCAUGCGCGUUCUCCGCGACGCAGGCGCCGAGAUUCCCAAGGAGAUGGACCGCUUCCCAUCUACCAUCAAGAAGAAGGAGCACGGAGCGUACGGAGCAUUCUUCCGCGACACUGCCGACGCACCAGCGGCGACCAAGAUCACGUUCGACUAG